GGUCUUUGUGGUAAUUUUGACGGGGAAAAAGAUAAUGAUUUACGAACGAGGAAUGAUCCCCUUUAUAUCAGCAGAGCCAAUGAGAAAAACCACGGUGUUUUAAUGGGAAAUAGUUGGAAAACGUCCCUAGUAGCCACAGACUUGGUAAAGGACGAUUCAAUAAACAUGGAUGCACCUUGGAGAGACUUACACAACUGGCGCAGAGCCAUAAACAAACUAGAGCUGAUAAAACGUCACUGUCAGUACGCGGAUUGUGGCGGGGAGGUCGGCACUCACAAAUGGGAGUCGUGUGUUGCUGACACGUAUUAUGCAUCUGCUGAGCAAGAGUGUCAUAUACUUGAAACAAAUAUAUUCGCCAAGUCUAGUUGCAGUGGAGGAGAAUUCAACUGUUCGGCUAUAGUUGUAGAAGGACGACAGACAAGG